CAGCAGCUUGUUGGAUUGAGAUGCUGUGUCCUGCUGAUUUUAAUCCCGACUGAUUAACGAACAGCGAGCAAGCGCCUGUGCGAGCCCUCUGGGGAAGAGAGAGAGAAAGAAAGAUAGAGGGGGAGGGUGGCAGGGAGAGAGCGAGAGCGAGAGCGAGAGCGAGAGAGAGAGAGAGAGAGAGAGAGAGAGAGAGAGAGAGAGAGAGAGAGAGAGAGAGAGAGAGAGAGAGAGAGAGUGCAGUAACAGAGAGAGAACCUGGGCAUUCAAUGUCGGGAGAGCACUCGGAGGGGGUCAUUUUCAACGAAAGCCAAGGAAGUGGGAGAGGAAUUUGAUAUUUUGCCCCCUUUUUGUACUUCAUGCACACUUCCCCCCUUCACCCUUCCCCUUGUUUGUCUUAAACCUUUUUUCUCUCCGUGUGCUGCUGCUGCGUGGACGGAUCAAAGAUGUCCACAAACGGGAUAAACAAAGCCCUGAAGCUGCAGUUUGGCCUCAUCAACCACGAGAGCCGCUACUUGACGGCGGAGGCCUUUGGCUUCAAAGUGAACGCCUCGGCAUCCAGCAUGAAGAAGAAGCAGAUCUGGAUGCUGGAGCAGGAGGACCAGGACGGCCAGGUGGUGUUCCUGCGGAGCCACCUGGGACGCUACCUCGCCUCCGACAAGGACGGCAAGGUCAGCUGCGGAGCGGAGAAGCCCAACUCCGACUGUCGCUUCCUGAUCGUGGCCCAGUCGGACGGCCGCUGGGCCUUCCAGUCGGAGCCCUACACGCGCUACUUCGGGGGCUCGGCCGACUACCUCUCCUGCUUCGCCCAGGCCAUCGGAGAGCCGGAGCUGUGGGCGGUCCACCUGGCCCUCCACCCCCAGGCCAGCCUGCUCAGCGUGGCCCGCAAGCGCUACGCCCACCUGUCGGCGUCGGAGGGAGAGAUCUCCGUGGCCAGUAACAUCCCCUGGGGGGUGGACUCCCUGGUCACCCUGGUGUACGCGGAGGGCAAGUACAGCCUGAAGACGUGCGACAGCCGCUUCCUCAGCAACGACGGCAAGCUGGUGAAGGCGAACGCCCCCGCCACCGCCUUCACCCUGGAGCUCAAGUCUGGCAAGCUGGCGUUCAAGGACUGCGAUGGGAAGUACCUGACCCCCAUGGGCCCCACCGGCACACUGCGCUCGGGACGCUGCUCCAAGCCCGGCAAGGAUGAGCUGUUCGACCUCGAGGAGAGUCACCCCCAAGUACUUUUCCAGGCUGCCAACAAAAGAUUUGUCUCAGUCAAGCAAGGGGUGAGUAUCUCGGCCAAUCAGGAUGUAGAGACAGACAUGGAGACGUUCCAGAUGGAGAUUGACAAGGAGAGCAAGAAGUGCAUGUUCCGGACCAACGGAGGCACUUAUUGGACACUGGUGUCUCACGGCGGGAUACAGUCCACAGCGACAGAAGUGGACGCCAACACCAUGUUUGACAUUGAAUGGCUCGGCCGGAGAGUGGCUCUCAAGGCCAGCAACGGGAAGUAUGUCUGCACCAAAAAGAACGGGCAGCUUUCAGCAGUCAGCGAUUCUGUAGGUGAUGACGAGUUGUUCCUGAUGAAACUCAUCAACCGCCCAAUGUUGAUCCUUCGAGGAGAGAACGGAUUUGUGUGUCACCACAAGAACUCCAACACGCUAGACUCGAACCGUUCCGUCUACGACAUCUUCUCAUUGCUCUUCAGUGACGGAGCCUAUCACAUAAAAAGCGUGGGCGGAAAGUUCUGGUAUGUCUCCAGCAGUGGGCUCGUGUGCUCCGACGGAGACAAGCCUGAGGACUUCUACAUGGAGUUCCUGGAACAUGGCCGUGUGGGCAUUAAGGGCAACAAUGGCAAGUACCUGCGUGGGGAUCAGGGAGGCACGCUGAAGAGUGAUGCUGCCGACUCUGACAGCUCCUCCCUCUGGGAAUACUGAGCCCCCUGGGCUAGCUUGGGGUCGGAGGAGCAUGGAGGAGGAGGAGGAAGAGGAGGAGAGAGGGAGGACCUGCACCCAUUCAUGUCAAGCCCAUCACAGACACAUAGACUGACCAGACCGGGGCAGACCUUCACCACUGUUUGUA